UGGAGUGCAUGUUUCUCGUUGAGGUGAAAACACAACUUUUUUCUGCGUUUUUUCUGCAGCAAAAAAGAAAACGCUGUGAAAAUUUUAGUCUCUCUCGUUUAAUCGUGGCGGUAGUGUGUUGAAAAAAAGUUUUGUGUGCUCUCUCGUGAAGGUUUUUCUUGUGUGUGACAAAGGGGAGAAGUAGUGCAAAGGUUCUCAAAGGAAAUUUAGGGAGAAUCCCUAAACAUCGAAUUCUGUGAGGGGGUUGCCCAAAUGUUUGGGUCAAAUUAGGUCGCCGGGCUGUUGAGAUUUCCUGGCCAGGAUGCGAAGUGGUGAUAGCAACAAGACCUCCUCCGACAUUGAGAAUGUGGAAUGGAGUGUUGGGACAGCAGCUGGCCACUUGCCAAAUGUUGUGAGAUUUGGCUCAUCAAGCAGUCAAGCAUCGCAGAGCAGUGGGGAUAUCUGUCGGAUUUGCCACUGCGAGAGUGACCCACUGAACCCCCUGCUCACGCCCUGCUAUUGCUCAGGGAGCCUCAAGUACGUCCACCAGGCGUGUCUGCAGCAAUGGCUCACUGCCUCGGAGACGAAUGCCUGCGAACUAUGCAAAUUUCCAUUCAUAAUGCACACCAAAAUAAAGCCAUUCAAUGAGUGGCGCAGCCUGGAUAUGUCGGGUGUCGAGAGGCGUCGUCUCUUCUGUGCCGUGCUCUUCCACUGCGCCGCGGCGCUCUGUGUUAUUUGGUCGCUAUGCGUCCUCAUUGAACGUGCUGCCGAAGAGGUCAAGAGGGGUCUCAUCGGAUGGCCCUUCUGGACAAAAUUGGUCGUUGUCACGGUUGGCCUCACGGGUGGGGUUGUCUUCAUGUACAUCCAAUGUCGGCAGUAUCUGCACCUCUGCAAUCGCUGGAGAGCGAGAAAUCGGAUUCUCCUCAUCCAGAAUGCACCGGAAAAAAUUCAUCAAAUCCAUUCGGCAUCCCCAAUGAUGUCCCAGCGUCCUUUUCCACGAAAUGGAAGUUCCUCGACGACUGGGAAUUAUCCAGCUGCAGCUGGUGCGGCGAAUCUUGGCCAACUGUACGCCCGGCCACCCAGCCAUGGGGAGAUUGUGGCAAAUAUUGAGAAUAAUCAUCUCAACUAUGACAGAGACUGGACCCUUGAUGAUGUGAGUCAAAUGUCGUUCAAGCCAUGCCCUCAGGGGUCCGGAAGUAUGACUCCGCUCGCCUUCCAUGACUCUGUGCACAAUAUUUAUGAGCAACAACCACCCAUGAGGGCAUCCUCGUCGUCGGGUAAUGCCUCCGGGAGUGGACGUUCAAGUCAGGAGCACAUAAUUUCUGCACCAGGACCCAGUCGUACGGGGGAUUUGAGUCUCUUCAAAUUGGGCAAUACAUCAUCGGCCGUUUUCCUUGAGAAUCGUGAUAUUCUCAGUGAUGGCGCAUACCCAAAGGUAACGUGUCGGCAUUCGAGUGUUGGGAUAAAUCCCACAGAUGGAGGUGGUACCGAUGGGGUCCCACCGAAAGACACAAGACGUUUUUCCGAUACAAAACUCCUGCAACAAUCAGCGGAUCCUGCAGCAAAUGAUGCCAUUUUCAAUGUAACAAAUCUCCUGGGGCCCUCAAUUCCGGCCAAAUGCGAUGCAACGCCCCAAAUAACGGACAUAAUCUUCGAAGCGGGCAGUAGUUUCGAUCCACUGGAGCUGAAUAUUCAGGAGAUGCUUGAGCUGGAUAUUCAGCAACAGAAGAAAUCACAAUUGUCUCUCAAUGCAACGUCGGCCAAGGUGAAUUUGCUGACAAGUGAGGUACCACCCAAGAGUCGUCCACUCUUUAAAUCUCUUCCAAAUUUGAGUGGGAGCAGUGAGAAUUUAUUGCAAAAACAGUGAGAUUUGGCCACAAAGAAAUUAAGAGAAAAGAAAAAACCCUUUCAACAUGACUUCUCCAAUUUAUAGGCGCUUUAGGAGUUUUUUCGGUGUUAAAGAGAAGUUUUUGAAUGCGAUAAAAAUCCAUCCUUUUUGAGUAGUUAUGACAAAAUGGACGGAGGAAAACUCUCAGGAAACUUUUGUCCCUGUAAAAAAAGCUCUCCUUAAUUCAAGAGGUAUUUGAGCCUUAUGUUGGCUUAAUGCCCAAGAACUGAUGGUUAAAAGAAAUAAACUUGUAAGUAUCUCUCUCUCUAUUGUUCUCUGUUGAAAAGUUGGAAUUUUUUUUUUACCAUCAAAAAAGACAAAUGGAUUCAUCUUCCUGCGAAGAAUUAUAAAUGAAUUUCUCACAAAUGAGUUAAAGGCUCUUGAGACCUAAUUGGUAAAGGGAGGUUUUGUGGUGAUUUUUUAAGAGGGCUAAGUUUUUUUUUUUUAAAUAUUUCAGAUAAUUCAAAAAAAAUUUAUCCUUCAGGACUGAUGAGACAUUUGAAAAUAUUUAAAUAAUUUAAACAAUUUAUUCAAAUUAUUUGAAAAUAAUAAUUCAAUUUUUCGGAAAAAUCGUCAACCAACUGAAUUAAAGUUAACCUGCAGGCCGCCAAGACAUUGGAGCUUCCUUAGAGCGCCAAGGUGGGGUCGUUGAACGACCCCAAGAAGGAAGUCGAUUUUCAUUUUAAAUUCUUCAAGUCUUGCGCUAUUAUAAAAAUUCCAACUUUCACUCUCUUUGCAAUUUACACUAUUCUCUUAUUAAAUAGAUGAUAAUGUUCCUGAGAGAAAUUCGAAUCCUCCGUCGAAAUAACAAUCCCAUCCUUGUGAAAAAAAAAUCACAGUGAAGAAGUGCAGAGUUUAAGAGUUUUUUUUUUGUUAAAGAAGUUAAGCUUUGUUAAUGAAUGAGAAAAUGCUUAAAGAAAGUUUGAAAAAAAAAAAAACAAAUCCAAGACAGUGGCAAUAGAUCCUAUAUUUCAUGAUAUAUCCAUAAAUAGAGAUAAAAAUUUAAAAAAAAAGUUUAAAACUAGUCAUAUAAUUUUUGCAGAAGAAAAUUCAGCAAGAAGUAGAAGAUAAUAUUUUUUUGGAGUUCUUUUUUUUUCGCUAUAUAAUAUAUUUUUAUUAUUAUAUUAUUGAGUAAGUUAUGAUAUUCACGUUCCAUUUCUGCAACAACAAGAAAAAGUUCACUUACCAUGAUUUUUGAUGAUAAAUUCGCAUUGUUGGAAUUCUUUCGAUAAACACGUUCGUCUUUUUUUGUGACAAAAGAUUUAUUUAAGAAAAAGAAGAAAAAAAAUAAGGAAAGGUAGUUCCGCGUCUGUGAUUUAUUUUUAUAGAACAAAAAAGUGAAAUAAAAAUUAUUUAAGAUACGAAAUAUAUUGUCAAGAACUGUGUGAGUAGAGGAAGAAAGGAAACGUUGGAGAAAACCUGAUGAGCAUAAUUAUUUAUUACUUUUAAUGUAAUUAAUGUUUAUGGUAAAAAAAAACAUUGGAAGAUUGCUGUGGAAAAAGUUCAUCCAAUUGCAGUUUAAUUGGAAAAUAAAAUAAUGUCCAAAAUAAAAUAAAAUAUUUUGGAAAAAAA